ACAGUCUCUCUCUCUCUUUCUUUCUCCGAAGGGAAAAGCAAAAGGUUUCUUCGAUUCCACGUCGCCGGAAAACUCACAAAAUCUCCGAAUCCGGUACCAUUCUUUCCGAUUUCUAGGGUUUUCUUGAUUUCAUUUUUAAGUUUUUUUUUCUCUUGAUUACUCGUUGAUUAUAGAUUUGACAUCUUUGAAUUAGAAUGGGAAAUUGUGUACCAAAACCUAAUAAAUCACUAUCCGAAAUAGCGCCUUCCGAUUUCAUUACUGAUACUACAGUUAGAUUAUAUGGAUCUGCAUCAAGUACGUUAAUCUCAUUCUUAAGAAUAGCACUUCAGUAUAAAUCAGUAGCUGUGAAAUUUGUUCCAUCAGAAAACUAUGGAUUAGGGAAUAGCAAUCCUAUUUUACAGUAUGGUACUGAUACGGUAACUGGUUCUCCGGAAACGUUGUUUCGUUAUAUUGAAGGGAAAUUCCCUAAACCAAAGUUAUUUGAUGAAUUUGAGGAGGAUGGGAUUGAAUUUGAUGGGAAUCAAGGGGGGAUUGCUGUGGUUGUUAAGAUUCAACAUAAGUGUAUGUUGUAUUAUAUUGAGAAUUUAGUGAAAUGGGUUGAGGAUUUGAAUGUCAGAGGAGGGGGUAAUGGUGGGAGAGCUGUUGUUGAUGUUUCUAUGGGUAGUCCUGUUAUGGAAGUGAGAAAAUUUGGGAGAAGUUACUCUCAGUUGUUGGAAUUGAUGCUGGAGCAUGCUCAAAUGGAGGAGAGGAUUCUUUUCCCUGUGUUCGAAAAGGCUGAUAGAGGAUUAUCUAAAGCUGCCAAUGAGGAGCAUGCUAGAGACUUUCCUAUUAUGAAUGGGAUCAAAGAAACAAUCAAAUCCAUUGGAGUUUUAGAUCCUGGGAAUCCUGUUUACCAGGAACAAUUAAUCAGUCUUUCGUCUAAGCUGAAAACAUUACAGGAACAUUGUGAAGAGCACUUUGAGGAGGAAGAAAGCCAGUUGUUGCCACUUUUAGAGGCAACAGAAAUUAGUGGAGAACAGCAGGAUCAAAUGGUAGAGCAAUGCCUGGAAGUAAUGGAGGGUACUCACUCUCAUCUCUUUCACUUCCUAAUCUCAGGUCUCCUUCCCCGGGAAGCCAUUCUAUACCUCAGCUUGAUCACAAAAUGCACUACAGCAAGUAAUGCAGAACGAGUCAACUCAAUGCUCCGCACUUUGAUGACUCGUAUAGAUAGCACUGUAUGUCCAUCUUCUAACCGUAAACCCUCACAACAUCUUCUAGCUAAGUACAGAGGUACCCCAACAACACCCUCAAUUGAAGAUGGUCAGAUGGAAAAGUCUGACAGCUACAAGCAGCAUGAUGAUGUUUAUAGAGUAUAACUGUAUAAGUAAAUCAGUACUUGCUCAUCCCUCUUUCGCAUUGGUAAAUAGGAUUAGUGUUGUUAUACCCAAGGUGGAAACAUAAUGUUCAGUUGUUCCUGGGGUAUCAUUUUUUCUUUUGUUGGUGUGUUUUACAUCUCUAUUCUUUAGUACUUGGUAUAAAUUGGAGGUGAAGAGUUUUCUUUAGAAAGCCAACACUUGAUUCUAAGUUCUAAUCUGUUGCAGAAAAUGUAAUAUAUUUCGAUGCUUCUUCAAUAAACCAGAAAAUUCCAUCUCC